GGCUAUUUUUACGCCGACACCGGACACCGGGCUGGGUCGGCGGCGGCGGCGGCCGAGGCGGGGCCGCACCGGGCCGGGCGUCGGGGCCACACGUCCGUUCGCGGGUGGCCGGGGCUGCGCGCGCCAUGGAGCCGCGGUGCCCGCCGCCGUGCGGCUGCUGCGAGCGGGUGGUGCUCAACGUGGCGGGGCUGCGCUUCGAGACGCGGGCGCGCACGCUCGGCCGCUUCCCGGACACGCUGCUCGGGGACCCGGCGCGCCGCGGCCGCUUCUACGACGACGUGCGCCGCGAGUACUUCUUCGACCGGCACCGGCCCAGCUUCGACGCGGUGCUCUACUACUACCAGUCGGGCGGGCGGCUGCGGCGGCCGGCGCACGUGCCGCUCGACGUCUUCCUGGAGGAGGUGGCCUUCUACGGGCUGGGCGCGGCGGCGCUGGCGCGCCUGCGCGAGGACGAGGGCUGCCCGGUGCCGCCGGAGCGCCCCCUGCCCCGCCGCGCCUUCGCGCGCCAGCUCUGGCUGCUCUUCGAGUUCCCCGAGAGCUCGCAGGCCGCGCGCGUGCUCGCCGUCGUCUCCGUGCUCGUCAUCCUGGUCUCCAUCGUGGUCUUCUGCCUGGAGACGCUGCCUGACUUCCGCGACGACCGCGACGACCCAGGGCUCGCAGCAGUUGCCGCGGCUGGCCCGUUCCCUGCUCGCCUGAAUGGCUCCAGCCCUGUGCCUGGAAACCCACCCCGCUUGCCCUUCAGCGACCCGUUCUUUAUGGUGGAGACGCUGUGCAUCUGUUGGUUCUCCUUUGAGCUGCUGGUGCGCCUGAUGGCAUGCCCGAGCAAGGCGAUCUUCUUCAAGAACGUGAUGAACCUCAUCGAUUUUGUGGCCAUCCUUCCCUACUUUGUGGCGUUGGGUACCGAGCUGGCCCGGCAGCGAGGGGUGGCCCAGCCGGCCAUGUCACUAGCCAUCCUGCGGGUCAUCCGAUUGGUGCGUGUCUUUCGCAUCUUCAAGCUGUCCCGGCAUUCAAAGGGCCUACAGAUCUUGGGCCAGACGCUUCGGGCUUCCAUGCGAGAGCUGGGCCUCCUCAUCUUCUUCCUCUUCAUCGGUGUGGUCCUCUUUUCCAGCGCGGUCUAUUUUGCCGAAGUUGACCGGGUGGACUCCCAUUUCACCAGUAUCCCGGAGUCCUUCUGGUGGGCAGUGGUCACCAUGACCACAGUUGGCUAUGGAGACAUGGCACCAGUCACUGUGGGUGGCAAGAUAGUGGGCUCCCUGUGCGCCAUCGCCGGUGUACUGACCAUUUCCCUGCCCGUGCCUGUCAUUGUCUCCAACUUCAGCUACUUUUACCACCGGGAGACAGAGGGCGAAGAGGCCGGGAUGUACAGCCAUGUGGACACGCAGCCCUGUGGCACACUGGAGGGCAAGGCCAACGGGGGGUUGGUGGAUGGAGAAGUGCCUGACUUACCACCUCCACUCUGGGCGCCCCCUGCAAAACACCUGGUCACCGAAGUGUGAGGGACAGUUGAGGUCUGCAGGACCUCAUACCUCCUUGGAGGAGAGGGAGGGAAGCAGGGUGGAGGGAAAGGCUGGGGGGAGGGGAUUGGGUUUAGGAAGAACUAGGUUAAGUGGUAAUGAACCGGGGAACACUGAGUCUUGUUGGGUCUUGAGUUGUGUGGUUUGGUAGCUCCUGUGGGUACCUCCGUAAGUAUCACUGAAUGGCAGUGGGUCGUGUUGAGUUGAGGAGGAAUCCAUUGGUUCGUAUUGCAUUGAGUUGUGCAAAGCUCAUGGGGCCUUUUGGGGUAGUGCUGAGAUAGGUUUGGCCAUACCUUCUGUGAGUUUCCAAGGUCAGUGUUAGGUUGGGUUGAGUUGUGAGUUUGGGUGAGUCUUGUCCAACUGCACUGUGCAGGAUUCUGUGGUUUUAUGGGUCCCGUAGGGCCAUGGUGGGUCAAGUUAGGUGGUCACCCAUGACAUUGUUGAGAUCAACUGUGCAGUCAUGCGUGGUGUUGAGUUUCAUUGAGACAUGUGAGAAAUUGUAUGGCUUUGUGAUUCUUCUAGGGCCGUGUUAUUUUAGGUUCUGUGAACUUGUGAGUCAUGUAGAAAUGUGAAGAGUCACUUGAUAGAAUGUGAGCUUUCUAGGUCACAUUGGGUUGGAAUGGAUGGCCAAAUGAGUCUUGUAGGGUUCUAUUCUGUUGAGUUGUCUAGAGUUAUGUGGUUGUAAGCUUAUCAGGGCCACAUUGAGUUGAGCUGUGUUGAGAUGUACAACAAUGCAAGUCUUGUAAGGCCAGUUAGGUUGGGUCGUAUGACUGUUCAAGUCUCAUAGGGCCAUGCUGAGUUGAGUUACAUUGAGUUGUGUCAUUGUGCGUCCUGUAGGAACGUCGGGUUGAGUCUGACUGUAAGGACGAGUUCCAUAGGACCAUGUUGGGUUGUUUCGCAUUAAAUGGUAGCACCAGGACCCAAGGGUAACAGUUCUGGGGGAGAAUCGUGGAUCAGGGAGCAAGUGUGUGGUGGUGUAGACGCUGGGAGAUGUAGCAAGCUGGCUUCUCCCAUGUUACUCAUUGUAGGGGGCUUGGGGGGAGCUGGAUUCUGUAUCCACGGGUUCAGGUGUUCAUCCAGAGGUGAUCGGGGUGAAUUAGGAAGAUGUAGAUGCUCCUUCUGUUUACUCACAUCCACUUCAUUUUGCCACCAAACCCCCUCCCCUCCUCAUCCUCCCCUACAGUUUUACUCCCAGACCUGGAGGUCAGAGCCACAAGGGAAACGGAAGGGGGUGAGGGGAGAAAACUGUUUGUGCUGUGUCCACACAUGAUGGAGGGACAGAAACUUCAAAAGGUGAGGGACAGAGACCAGGAGAGGGAUGGCGAUCCAGACAGAGGAAGAGAUAGACAUCCGGAGAAAGGGAGACAGAGACCCAAAGAGAGAGGAACAGAAAUCCAGAGUGACAGGGCAAAGACCAAGAGCGGGGGACAGAGACCGAGGGAGCAGUAUCAGGCAGCCAGAGAGGACACUGAGAGUUUGAGACAGAUCAUAGAGUCUCAGAGAAAGGGAAGGGAAAAAGAAAAAUGCAGAAAAAGUCAGUGCCAGCCGGGCAUGGUGGCUCAUGUCUGUAAUC